CCGAGUGCUCCCGAGUCCCGCCUCCCAAGUCUCACCUUAUCCUUCUGCCUCAUGGCAAGGUCAGGGGUCUCUAUGCUGUUCGCGCCAAAUUGAGUAACGCAGGAGUUUGCAGUUAUCUCAGUCGGAACUUCGAAUUGGAAGGAUUCUACUUAUGGCUUCAUCACUUCUAUCUCUACCUCUUGUACUCCAUUCUUCUCUUUGCAGUUACUCUGCCCUUUCGAAGCUAUCUGCAUCGAAAACCCCUAGGAAACCAAACCACCCAUUUCUCCUCAAAAGAGACUCAACUUCUAGUCUUCCUUUAUCGACAUCCCAGCCCAACGGAGUUCUAGGGUUUCCUAAUGCGAAGAUAAAUAGAGUCUCCAAUAGAGGACUUAAUUCCAUCUGCUUUUACGACGCAAAAGACGAAUCCAAGAACAGUUUCCAAGGAAAGGAAACUGGACUGGACUGGCCAAUCCUCAAGCGGUGGAACGUGCCUUGGGAAUGGCAAACGGUUAGCCUCAGCAUGUUUGCAUGUGCGAUAAGUUUUGUUUUGACAGGAUUCAUAGAAGCAGCAGUUUUACCAUAUCUGGGUUUUCAGAUUGGAGAGCUAAGUUUAGAUGAGAAGGCUGAGCUACUUUUUGUGGAUCAGGCCAUAGUGACUGCAAUUGUGCUCGGAGUAAUAUAUGGUUUUACAAACACCUUCCAGCCUCUUCCAGAUGACAUUUUCCGCUAUGAAUUGAAGGACCCUUUCAAUCUACAGAAGGGUUGGCUUCUAUGGGCAGGAUUUGGUCUUGUUGGUGCCCUUCUUGCUGUUGCAUUAACCGGGGCUGCCAUGGCCUUAUUUAGUGGCGAGAGCCCACAAAGAGAGACAGAUGCUCUUAUUCGCUUGCUGCCAUUGAUUGGGUCAUCAAGUAUCAGCACUGGUUGCCUAGUAGGAAUAACUGGUGUUUUGGCUCCACUGCUUGAGGAGACUGUGUUUCGUGGGUUUCUGAUGGUGUCACUUACUAAGUGGUUCCCAACACCAAUAUCUGCUCUUUUAAGUGCUGUGUUAUUUUCCAUUGCUCAUCUCACUCCUGGAGAGUUUCCUCAGCUGUUUGUGCUUGGCACUGCAUUGGGACUCUCAUACGCACAAACUCGCAAUCUUCUAACCCCUAUCACCAUACAUGCACUCUGGAACUCAGGGGUGAUCCUGAUUCUCACCUUUCUUCAGCUAAAUGGAUAUGAUAUCAGGGAACUGUUGCAAGCAUACUGAAGGAUUUGAGUCUUGCACUGAAAAUCCAAGGGCCGAAACAGGUCCUCCACAUUUUGGAUGCAGCAGCAAGAGAGAAUCAAAGUAAAGGGAGACCAAGGCAAAGGCAAAGAACCAGAGAAAUCCCCGUCAAUCAAUGAUCUCUAUAUAUCCUGCACCAUAUUUUUCAAGAUUUUCCAAAUUUACCAAUUAUGCUUUCCACUGGUAUCAGCCCUUCACCUUAACAACAUUAUAAUGCUAGAGCAAGAGAGGAUUCUGGCCUGACAUUUGGCUUUAGCUUCUGUCAUAUGCGUCCUGUAAUCCUGAAUGCAGACAAACUGUCUACGCAACAAUGGGUCAUGGAUGUAAUGUGAAGUAGUUUAUAAUCUUACAUCUGCUCUUUGUAAAGCUCAGAUAAACUCUAUUUUCAGUUCAUGUUUACAAUUAAGUGAAGAAGGCUGAUAAGUGAUAACCGUUUCUUAAUA